CCUUCAGGGUUUUCCUCCUUCGACGUCUCAGCGCGGCGGGGCGGCAGUGAGCGACGCGGCGCGACGCGGCGCGGAACGAAGCGAGCGGCAGAGAUUAAAGCCCCGGAGUUUUUCCGCUGCGCGUCCGGAGCUCAGGAAGCCCAGAGGCCGCCUUAAACCGCCAGGAAACCCCGGCGCCACGGAGCGCAGCGACGGCCCCGGCCUUCCAGGACUGGCCAGACCCAGACCUACCGCUGGUGGAGCGCAGGAGAAGCCGAGGCGUCGCUCCUCAACCUCUGCGGAGGAAGGCAUCCGCCGCUCGGAGAGAGGAGCGUUCAGAGAGGCCGGCAUUCAGCGACAGCAGCGGAAGAGGAUCAGUCGCUGUGGAUUCAGCCGGGGAGGAUCAGCAGCUCCGAGCCAGAGGAGUUACAAUCAUCAAGCUGUGGAUUUUAAGGUUUUUAUUGUCCCCUGGGUUUUUGUAGGAGCGUUACCGACUGAUACUGACUUUGUGUUUUUUUUUGUGUAACAGUGUUUUACUUCUUCGUCUGCCUCAGAGGAGAAAAGCCUUUUUUUUUUUACUCCUCUCGUUUUUUUCUUUGUGAAACUUUAGACGGAGAAGUUGGAGAGAAACUUGGAGCUGAAGGGGAUUUUUUUUUCUUGUUCCCGGCUUACUUGCGUCACUUCUUUCAGUCUCUGUUUGUCUUAUCUCACCCUGCCCUUUCCUGAUAAUGUUUGGUUUCGCGUGAAAGAAAGCAGAGGAGUUUGUUUGUUUUUUUGUUUUUUCAAUCUGAGCCAAGAGUCAGGGGGAGAAAGUUUUUGUUUCAGUUUAACGAGGAAACAUACCACACUUUGAAGCCCUUUGUGGGAAUUUUAAGGAGUUCUGAAAAGGGAAAUGGGCUCAGAAAAGGGCUCAGAGUCGCCUCACUCCUCAGUGAGCGGCGUUCCCAACCCUAAGUGCCGAGCAGCAGGGAAGCGCCAGGGCCGUAUCUCCUUCCACAGCCUCUUCCACAGCAAGCGGGGCUCCCGAAGCGGACGGGGCCCCAAAGGAGGCGCGGCCCCUCCUCUAACGCAUCACCAUCAUGCACCGCAGCAGCUGCUGCCUUCAGCCUUGGGUUCAACGCCCACCGCAGCCUCUGCCACGACCACCGCGGCAGCCACGCACAUGAAGGACGCGGCCUCCGGCGCCGCCUCAGACCCGCUCUCCUCCAGCCAGCCGUCCCCCGGCGGAGCCGCCGCGGCCGGGGAGCCCAGCCUCCUGGAGUGCCCGCUGUGCCUGGUGCGCCAGCCCGCCGAGCAGCUGCCCGAGCUGCUGGGCUGCAGCCACCGCUCCUGCCUCUGCUGCCUGCGCCAGUACCUCCGCAUCGAGAUCACAGAGAGCCGCGUCCAGCUCAGCUGCCCCGAGUGCGCCGAGAGGCUGGUCCCCCGGCAGGUGGCCGACAUCCUGGACGACGCCGCCCUGCUGGACAAGUACGAGGAGUUCCUGCUGAGGAGGUGCCUCGCCUCCGACCCCGACUGCAGAUGGUGCCCGGCGCCCGACUGCGGCUUCGCCGUCAUCGCCUCAGGCUGCGCCAGCUGUCCCAGGCUGGUGUGUCGCAGGGAGGGCUGCGGCGCGGAGUUCUGCUACCACUGCAAACAGGCAUGGCACCCCAACCAGACCUGCGACUCGGCGCGCCAGCAGAGGGCGCAGUCCCUGCACACCCACAGCGGCCACUCGCCCAGCUACACGCAGGAACAGGGGCCAGCUGAUGACAUCAAGCCCUGCCCUCGCUGCGGCGCUUACAUCAUCAAGAUGAACGACGGCAGCUGCAAUCACAUGACCUGCGCCGUCUGCGGCUGCGAGUUCUGCUGGCUCUGCAUGAAGGAGAUCUCCGACCUGCACUACCUCAGUCCAUCUGGCUGCACCUUCUGGGGGAAGAAGCCUUGGAGCAGGAAGAAGAAGAUCCUGUGGCAGCUGGGAACGCUGAUCGGCGCUCCGGUGGGAAUCACCCUGAUUGCCGGCAUCGCCGUCCCCGCCAUGGUCAUCGGCAUCCCGGUCUACGUCGGCCGAAAGAUCCACGCCCACUACGAGCUGAAGAAGGCGUCUCGUCACAGAAGGAAUCUGGCCAUCACGGGGGGCGUGGCCCUGUCGGUCAUCACCGCCCCGGUCAUCGCAGCCGUCAGCGUCGGUAUCGGCGUUCCCAUCAUGCUGGCCUACGUCUACGGCGUUGUUCCCAUCUCGCUCUGCAGAGGAGGCGGCUGCGGCGUCAGCAGAGGGAAGGGCCGCGGCGUGCGGAUCGACUUCGACGAAGACGAUGGACCAAUCACAGUGGCGGACGCUUGGCGCGCCCUGAAGUCCCCGAGCCUCGGCGAGAGCAGCCUGGACGGCGCGGUCAGCGGUCUGAGCACCACGUCCCCCAGCGAGGGCCUCUCCGUGGCCCCUGGGAACCUGGGAGACACUCCGCACUUUAACACGCUCGCCGGUGGCGCCCUGGGGACUCGGACCAGCAAGUACAGCAGGUUGGAAGUUCAGCCGGGGGAGCUCGCCAAGGAGUCCGCCCAGAGAGAGACGGGAAGCUUGGGAGCAGGAAGCGACUGCGCCAGCACCCGAGGAAUGGCCGGAUCCAUCAUUUCCUCCUACACCUUACCUGACAGGGACUGCACCAACCUGGAGAUCCAGGUGGACAUCGAGACCAAACCCAGCCAUCUCUGCCUGACCAGUGAGGAGGACCUGGCCCCGCAGCCAGGCUCUGCUGCCACAGCGGCCGCCUCAGGGGGGGAGGAGCCUCAGGACUGCAGCUCCAGAAGGGGCGGGGCUCUGUCCUGCUCGGCGCUGGGACUGUCCCCGGGGGCGUCGGUCCGGGACGGGCUCCGAGACGUCACCCUGGCCCAGCCGGAGAGCAUCCGCAGCGACCUGGAGAUGUCGGACACUCAGUCGGACGACAUCGCCGAGCUGACGUCGGACGACUGUGACUCUCCCCUCCCCAAAAGCUGCCAGCAGCUGCAGCUCCCCUCCUGCAGAUCCCUGAACCCCCCCACCGACGGCCUUCACUGCCCUGCAGACAGCAACGUCAUCCUGUACGUCUGAGAGAAGCACAGCUCUCAGGAUUGCACAAAAACUCUCACAACCCUGAACAUUUACCUUCACCCCUCCUCCUGUCGUCUCCCGUCAGCUGCUUUAACGUCUGAGACCCAGACGGCGUUCGUUUACUCCUCUCCGUCUUAUUGACCGACCGGCCAAUCUCCUUUCUGAGUAAAUGGUCAGGGUUCUACCUCUGAGAUUUGUUGUUUACUCCUUGGUGCAAAAUGCCUUGGCUUCUUAAGCAAAAAAAAAAAAAGAAAACAACAUAAAAAGAAAACAAAAAAGUACAAAUUCAUAAGAAAAAAAAUGCAAAAAAGAAACGGUAAAAUGAGAAAAUGAGGCGAGAGUUACCAAGCACAGCAGACAGAAACAGACUGGUGAGACAAAUCGAUGCGUGUUUGAACGGAAACGUACAAAUGUUUGCUUUUCUUUUCCUCUGCUGUUUCUGACAUCAGCAAAUUGUUCUUUUUUGGGGGGUUUGCAGCGUGCAUGAGGCUGCAUGAGCCAUUUAUUUGGUUUUUUUUGCCUGGAAGUUUUAAAAGGGCAACAAGUUUCCUGAGAGUUUACCUUCAGAGGACGAAGCCACAGCCGAUUCUCGCUCUUCCUGCACAGAGGAGGAUGAGGAGGCUGCAGGUGGAGCGAGGGAGCGGCGCACGCUGCAGAAAUGAAUAAAAGAGAGAGAGUUCUGAUGAUGACGGCCCAAAACGCCCUGAGAAAAAGAAAAGACCCAAGUUUAUAGUCUAAAAAGAGUUUUGUAUCAACUGCUAAAAAGUACAAAGCCAAAAUAUUUCAGCUGAAUUCUGUUGUUGCUUAAAUUGUUUUUCAGAUUUUCUGAAACAAAACCACUGAAUAGUUAAUUUAAUUAACAAUUUGAACUGCAUAAAUGUUAAAAGUCUAAUGAGACUGCUGACUCUGGACUUAAUGAGAAGAUUUUAUGAAUAUUUAUAGACAUGAAACAAAAAAUAAAUAAAUCCAACAUAACAUUUUAUUAUGUCCAAAGACUUUACCCAAUUCAAGGUGAAGAUAUAACUUUAACCAGAAACUUUACCACAUUUUUAUUUUUUCUAGAUGUAGUUUUGUCCAGCUGAACUGGAACAUCUUCCUUUUUGUUUGUUUUAUCUUCAGCAAUAUAUGAAUUCUUAUUAUUGCUGUUGGAAAAAAAUAGUUAUUGAAUUUAAAUAUCAUGAUAUUGUUAGUAUGGUAUGUUUUACCAUUUCAUGAACCGCCCUGUGAUGCAGACUAGGGAUGCACCGAUAUGAACGUUUCAACUAAUAUCGACUACAGAUGAUAACAUUCCUUUAAUGCAUAUAAUACUUACUAUUAUAUGCAUUAUAUUUAUGUCCCUACCCUUUUGGACAACGUUAAAAAAACAACCUGACAUUCCGCCAUCGGUUGUUGCUAUCGGCCCAAAGCUGAAACAAAAAAUAAACUUUUUUUUUUUUUUUAAUUUUCAAGAAUAUUUAGCAAAUGAUGGAAGUUGCUAAAUUUAUGGAUUGCACAAUUAUCGGUUUCAGACACAAAAAUAUAGAUUUUCCAGUUUUGUGUACAACAAUCACAGAUCCUCCCGUGGUGCAAAAUAUUUUGCUUUAACUUGGGAAAUGAUCGGAUAUUGCUGCACCGCGUAUUGUGAUAUCGGGUAUCGGUAUCGUACAUCGUGCCGUUUCCUGAGGUGUCCCUAAACCUUCUGAAGACUCUAAACCAAAAACGUCCUGCUUUUGGACAGAAAUAUUUACUUAUAACAAAAAAGAAACUUAUUUGAACAAAUGUAAUUAUUGAGUAACUUACUGAUAAUUGCUGAACCGAUACCAAGUAUCACGGUAUCGGUUGUCGUUGAUUGUAAAUCGUGCCAUUUUCUGAUUUUUCUGAAGACUCUAAACCAAGAAAAGCUGUAAAUUGUUAUUGAACAACUUAUGGGUUGUUGCUGAAUUUCUGUAUCGUCAUCAAAACAUUUCAGAAGACGUCCUGUCAAUUCAAAUAUUAAUUGCAUUGGAAGUAAUUCCUCUGAGCCAGGCAGCGUUGCAUCCAUGUCGUCCAUCAGAACCUCUCCUCUGGUUUGUUUCUGGUGCGUGACCCGGCUCCAGGCGUGCGUUUGAGCGCCGCUCACUGACCAGCACAUCCACCCCCCACCCCCCCACCCCCCACACACACACACACACACACACACACACCUUGCUCUGUAAAGUCUCACCUGUCCAACCCGGUUUUAUGUGCAUGAACGACGGAACAUGUGAUGAAUGUAUUUGUGCGACACACUUUGUCAUUUUAUUUGACUCGGCACUUGUGCACUUUAUCUGAAUGUCUUAUUUAUCUUUAUUUUUAUUUUUUUUGUAUUUUAAUUUGCUUUUCAACAUCUGUUGCUGUAAACAUGUUUACUUGAGUGAAAAACAAAAGUCUGUGGUACAACCAAAAAAAAAAAAAAUGGAGCCUUUCUGUUGGAUGGGGUGAGAGAAACGUUUGCCUCCAAAAUUUUACGUUUGCCGCUCAGUAUUUUUGACCUUAAAUGAUGUUUUCAUGUGUUUUAAUCAAUGCUGUGAUUCAAGAACUAAACAUAAUUUAUUAAUUUCCAUUUCUUUUAUAGGCCUGUGUUGCUCUGGUCAUUUUUACAACCCAGUAUCACUUGUGAACUCUUAGUUUUGGAGCCAAACGCCGAGCUUCUCUCCCUCACAGCCCGACCCGUUUCUUAGCUUUGGAUCACCUCCGUGCUUCUGUUUGAAAAGGUUCCCAGGAACCGCUUUUAUUUUUCAUCUCAGAGUAGCUUUAUGGAUUCUGCUGCUUACGUGACUUGGCGGUGCUGUUUGGUCUACACACGUCGCUGAUUUUUGCCUCUCUUUCAGAAUAAACGAAUGUACCACAGACGGGAAAACCGGGCCUUCCUGAAAGAGUCCAAACGAGUGUUACGCCCCUUUAGGAACACAGAACGUUCUUUCUUUCUUUGAACCGGUUUUAUAGAUGGCAAUAUUUAAGUGUUACGAUUAAAGGAGCUGUGUUUUUCUGUUCUCGUUGCGGCUAAAGCCUCGAUGUGAGGUGCUGCGCUAGCAGGACUGUGAGACUGUGGAGUUUUAUGAGGGGAAAAUGAAUAAAUAAACAGUUUUAUGUUGCACCAAA